AUGUCCGACACCGCCGAGUCGCUCACCCUCCCUGUCGAGACGGCACCGCUCUUGGAGAUGGCUAAUAUGGACUGGCCGCGUCUGCAUACGCUGUCGCUCACCGGGCGAUAUACCCAUCCAAAUCAAUGUCGUGCUAUCCCCCUCCUCCUUCUGCGCAUGCCGAACCUGCGCUCACUCUCGGUCAAAGUGAUGCAGUGCGAAGUAAUGCGACGUCCCCUUCUGCUCAAGGAGCCUCCGGAUACUAGCUACCGCCUACGGUCAUUGACGAUCUCGUAUCCGAACCCGGAAGAUCCGAUUUUCUCGUAUAUCGGAGAUGGUCUAACUUCCCUCUCGCUCCGCGAUAGUCCGAGGCACUACUUUGCGUCUCGUUACAGCCGUCGAUACCUCCCAGCCAUAUUCCCGAUCCUCAGGGCGUCCGAAUGUUUAGCCAUCCUGAAGCGCGUCUCCGCCCCUCGACUCUCGGUACUCGAACUAGUCUAUCAGACCGACGCCGCUGAGGAUGAGCUCCUGCAGUAUCUUCCAAUGGCGUUCCCCCUUCUCCAGGAAAUCGAGUUGCACCGAUACAAAGCAUCCCUCAAAGACACCGUCCCCUAUCUGCAUAUCGCACAGACGCUGAAGCUCAAUAAGUACCUACGCGCGCUCUACCUCAACGUCGACAUCAAGGAUCGUUCGUUCCGAUAUGAAAUCCUCCGCGCCGACUCAGGGAAGAACCGCAGACAACGUGGGCUGGAACUCGUGAGCGUCUUGCAAAGCGGCACAUAUUUCGAGUACGUCGCGCUGCCCCUCCACACUCACACAGCGGGCACGUGGACCCUGUAUCGUCCGGCGUGGUCGCCCCACGGGACCGUCGACGAGAACUCGCCCCACGCGAUAGACUCGCCUGCGUAUCUUCGUACGGACAAAAGACAUGUUAGAUAA